UUUACCUAGAAAACGAGGUUGCUUUGUGCCUCAAAAGGAAAUACAAGAAGUCACUGAAAUGCAGGAGAAAUUCAUAUCAAGAGCACACGAGGUAGAUGAGGUCGUGAAUAUAAAAAAAAAGGUAUAUACUAAAACUUCAAGGACAAUGAUCUGGAGACAGAAUAAAAAAAGAAAAGAUCAGGAAAAAGAUGCGAAGGAAAAGAAAAAGGAUAUAUUACUCAAUGCUAAAACAUCAAGUGAUGAUAAAACAUUGACUAUUAUGUCAUUACCAUCACAGUCAUCCCAAGCGAUCAUACAAAAUCCGACAUCAAUGUUAUCAUUAUCACAGCCAGCCCAAGUGAUCAUACAGAGCCUGACAUCACAUAUUGAUACCUCGAGCCUAUAUAGACAUUUAGAAGAAGUUAGUAGACAAUACACAAUAACAAAAUCUUCGAAAGCUAGUGUACCUACCUAUGAUUAUUUAUGCCUUUUAAGUAUAAGUAAAUUCAUACAAUUGUUAUUGAAUGGAAAGGGUAAAAUGAAUGUUAGCAAGUAG